AUGCUUUCACCUGCUUUCAGCCGACACAAACGUCUGGAGGAUUUUUUUGCUCAACUUGCCUCGGAAUCGCCCAUCAUACUCGACCUGAUUGGCUGUCUUGGCCUGACGCAUUUGAGCCUUUCACAAGAUCACCGUAAGAAGGGCUUGGCGCAUGCGCACUUCUCCCGCUGCAAGACCGAAUGGGAUGGCUUGGUUGGACCCUUGGACACGCCCGAAUCCAUACAAGCUGCGGCGAAAGAUGUCAACACUCCACACCGAACCCUCGAGGCGCUCGCGGGAACUAUCCUUAUCGCGCACAUCGAGCAGUUCAACCGUGGAUUUGCCACCAGCUCACGCGCCUACACAGCUGUAGCAAUUGCUAUCGUUCGUCGAGUGUUGUCUUGCGCGUCAGAGGAUACGAGCUCCGCUCCUUGGCUCGAAGAGAUGGACCAAGGACCUGGAUCUGCUUUCCGAUUCUUCGUCCGCAUCCUUCUUUGGUGGGAGACCAUGUCACGAACCAUGGGUCCUGCUAGCGAGCAAGGCGAUGUACUUGACAUCUUUCAACACGUCUAUCGUUGGGAAGAAGUCGACGGCAAGAGCCAGGAUCCAGUCGAAUGCUUGACACAGUGCGUUGUCGGCUGGCCGCUCGAUCUACUCGAAGCUGUCGAACGGACAACACGAACCAGCACGGAUGCGGAAGUCUUAGCUUACCAGCCUACGCUUCCUACGUCACCGCCGAUUGUGAUGCCGUCGGGUACGCUCUCACAUGCACUUGAAGGGCAUGUUUCCUUGGAAUUGCAGCAACAAAUUGACAGCGUGGAGACGCAGAUACGAUUGGCACGACCUCUGCCACUUGCACAGGACGACAGCAUUGCUGCUGAGUUGCGGUACCUCAUCUUUGAGUGUCUUCAGUCUGCUUCGCUAGUCUACUUCUCGAAAGUGCUACUCAAGUCGACAGACGCAGUUUGGUUCGAGAUCGACAAGGUCACACGCUUUUUGGAGCGCAAACAGCAACGUCCAAGCGGAAGCGCUGUCAACUUGGACGUCAGUCAAACUGACACGAAUCGCAAAGCACGUCUCAGUCACAUUGGCUCAACUUCGGGCUGGUCUAGUUCUGUGCCUGCAGACCAGCAACUCGCGCAGGCAAUGGAAACUCGAGGACACUGGUGGAUCCGAGCACCAGACGGAGCUCUCAUCUGGGCCUACUUCCAGUGCGCCUCCGAGAUCUUUGGUGCUUUGGAUCCUUCCACUGAGCUCAUAAUUGCUGUUGCGAAUCAGCAAGAACGGCAUCAGAUCGGAAAAGGCGACCCAGUCAAGCUGGCACUCGGCUCACAGCUGACACUGGGCUCCGAAGCCUACGAUGGCUUCGCGCAAUCACGAUCUGAGCGACGGCAAGGAUGUCGAAGAUCGCUAUUGCUGUGGGAAAGAUUCGACGAGGUUCAAUGUGUGUUUCUCUGUCGUCAUCUGCUCAAAGCCAUCUGGGGCCGGCGAGACCUUUAUGAAGAGCAAGCUCGUCGUACCAAUUCGAAAGACACAGCAGGCUCGAUGCCCACCUCUGCGAUGGUAAGCAGCCAGGAGAGGUACGAUCAAGCCGCCGAGAUUGGCGACAUCUGUCGGCAACGGCGAUGGAGGCAACCUCUGAUUUUCUGA